AUGGAGAAGGGCAACAUCGCCACGAAUAUCAUGCCCAUAGCCACUGGUUUGGCACCAAACUACAGGCGUACCUUGGCAGCCUUGAUAUUUCACACAGCCAUUUUCUACUUCAAUAGUCUCUUGCGAGCAACCAUUGCUUGCAAUGGCUUUAUCACGCGCUGCUACGCCUUGCGAGAUAUGAAUCGCUUUAUCAUCGGUGUCGUGCAAAAACCAAGCGGCCACUUUGCCUUUGCACACGUCACCGCGUGGCCCGCCCGCAAUAGAUGCACUUGCACGCAACACAUCGCCACGCUCGCACGCCAGCAACUUCAUCCAGGCCACAAAGUGGGUUUAACUGGCGCGAAUGGUGCCGGUAAAUCAUCGCUCUUUGCCAUGUUUCGUGGCGAACUGCACCCAGAAAAGGGCGAUUUUGAAAUGCCAAGCAGUUGGGUAGUGGCACAUGUGGCGCAAGAAACCCCGGCGCUUGCCAUGCCAGCCAUUGAAUUUGUGUUGGAUGGCGAUGUGGAGUUGCUCAAUCUACAUCAUCGGCUUACCGAUAUUGACGGCUACGGCGCCAAAGCGCGUGCGGCGGAGUUGCUCAGUGGUUUGGGUUUUAGCCAAGCAAAUUUACAACAAGCCGUUUCAACUUUCUCUGGCGGUUGGCGUGUGCGGCUAAAUCUGGCGCGUGCGCUGAUGUGCCGCUCAGAUUUAUUGCUACUCGAUGAGCCGACCAAUCACUUAGACUUAGAUGCGGUGAUUUGGUUAGAAGGCUGGCUACAAAGUUAUCGUGGCACAUUAUUACUCAUUUCACAUGACCGUGAUUUUUUAGAUGCGAUUGUCAACCACAUUGCACACAUUGAGCAACAAACCCUUACUUUGUAUAAAGGGGGAUAUUCAGAUUUUGAGCGCCAACGUGCUGAAAAACUCGCUUUGCAACAAGCUAUGUUUGAAAAGCAGCAACGCAAGGUGGCGCAUUUGCAUAGCUAUAUAGACCGCUUUCGGGUGCAAGCCACUAAAGCGCGCCAAGCCCAAAGCCGCAUUAAAGCCUUAGAACGUAUGGAGAUGAUUUCUGCCGCGCAUGUGGACUCGCAAUUUAGUUUUGAGUUUCGCACGCCCAUCGCCGCACCAGACCCAUUGCUGGUACUCGAUAAUAUGAGCGUUGGCUAUGGCGAUAGACCGCUCAUUAGCAAUAUAGAGCUUGCGAUUCGGCCAAAUGAGCGUAUCGGUUUGCUGGGUAAAAAUGGUGCGGGUAAAACUACGCUCAUUAAGUUAUUGGCGCAUGAAUUAGAACCACUUAGCGGUAAACGCGUGGAAGGCAAAGAUUUAAAUAUCGGCUACUUUGCCCAGCACCAGCUAGAGCAAUUGCGCCCCUAUGAAUCGCCCCUGCAACACAUGAUGAAGCUUGACCCUUUAACGCGUGAGCAAGAGCACCUGAAUUAUUUGGGUGGCUUUGAUUUUAAGGGUGAUAUGGCGCGUAGCCCCUGUGAAAAUUUUUCAGGUGGAGAAAAAUCGCGUUUAGCGCUGGCAUUGCUCAUUUGGACACGGCCGAAUUUGCUAUUACUUGAUGAGCCCACCAACCAUUUAGACCUUGAAAUGCGCCAUGCGCUGACGCUCGCUUUGCAAGAUUUUGAAGGCGGCGUGAUUUUGGUUUCGCAUGAUCGCGCUUUAUUACGCGCCACUUGCGAUGAAUUUAUAUUAGUCGCCGAUGGAAAAGCGCAACCGUUUGAUAGCGAUUUAGAAGGUUAUAGUGCGUGGCUUAAUGAGCAACGUUUAAAAGAAAAACAAGCCAACGCAGCUGUAACAGAGGAAAAACCAAGCAAUAAUAAUCGUGCGGCCAAUAAAGCUGAGCGCCAAGCGCGCAUUGCGGAACGCCGCCCAUUAUUAAAAGAAAUUGAGCAAAUUGAGCGAAAUAUGGCGCAAUGGCAAACUGAGAAAACAGCUUGCGAUAAUCGCUUAAAUGACGCUGCGCUUUAUACGCAAACCGAUAAAACUGAAUUACAAAACUUGCUAAAACAACAGGCUGAGCUAGCCACCAAAUUAGAAAGUGCAGAAGAGCGCUGGCUAGUACUACAUGAACAAUUAGAGGCGAUGCCCGCCAUAGAUUGA